AUGCUUGCGUGGCGGUCACGUAGAGGGACGCAGGGCAGGGCGGCGUUGCCUAUCGCGGCCCCCUCAGCUUCUCGAAGAUCAGCUGCUUCCGCGUGGCCCGAUACACUUCCGGACGCCACGAGAAACACAUCCACGCAUCUUUCAGCACGUUGCCAGCUCGCACCACGAGACGGGCUCCUCCGCAGUGUAAUUCCUCUGGCUCAGGCCAACCACGCCUCUCCACGCCGCGUCACCAGCACUGCUUGCGAAGCAGCCCCAGAUCCGGCGUCCAAGGUUAUAUUUCCGGCACACGCGCUCGCUCGUGCUCGUGGGCUCAAGAACACCCAAGAAACGCCCCUCUCUAGCGGGCCGGGCAUGUGCGGGCGCUUCAGGGGGCCGGAUAGUGGACUCGUGCAAUACGAGGCACGGGAUAGCGCAUCCUGGGUGCCGCAGACAGCGCCCACGGACAGGGCUGAAUGCGUUCCCUGCGGCACCCUCGCCGUUGGGUCUGUCUUGCUCGCUUGCUGGCAGCGCACCCCCGUCGCGCGGUUUUCGUUCACAGACGUGAUCGCCAGCGUCCCUGGACAUGCUGACCCAGGCCGCGACUGGCGACGAGAUAGCGUACCAGCCUGCACCAACUACUCUUCUCUACGCAUCGUGGCCAUGGUACGGAUCGUGGAGGCUGCCUGCCUUUCGUUCAAGACAGGCCCCUAG